AUGCCUUCGCCACCCGGCACAGCCAACACGGCUACAAAUACGACUGCUAAUACAGCCACUAAUACAGCUACGAAUUCAGUCGAUGAUCUCUUGAACAACAAUCAUGACUUCGAACUAAAGGAAUUCACUGCGGUUCGAGGUACCGAAACACCGGAUGGAGACAAGCCUAGUCAAGACAACACUGAGCAUGGUCGGGCCUAUGGGACUAAUCGCAUGUCCAUUUCGCAAGAGGAUCAAGAUAAUCUCAUGAGACUGGCGAGUCAAGUUUCGCGGAAAACCCACCAGGGAGGAGUGUUUGAGAUUGGCGAUGAUGAUGCUGCUUUGGAUCCCGCUAGCGCCGAGUUCGACCUUCAGAAAUGGCUGAGCUUCAUGAUUCAGGGCGUCAAGAGCGAAGGCAUCCGCAUGAAGAAUUCCGGCAUCGUCUUUAAGAACUUGCAUGUCACCGGUACUGGCUCGGCACUGAUGUUGCAAGAGACCGUCACUGAUCUUCUGAUGGCGCCAAUGAGAAUCGGCGAAAUGGUCAAGGGUUUUAAGUCUGAGCCUAAGACAAUUCUUGCGGAUUUCAAUGGCGUGGUGAAAAGUGGUGAAAUGCUUCUUGUUUUGGGAAGACCGGGAUCUGGCUGUUCGACAUUUUUGAAGUCCUUGACUGGAGAGCUUCACGGGCUCAGCGUCGACUCAAACUCUGCUAUUCACUAUGAUGGUAUUCCACAGGCGCAGAUGAUCAAGGAGUUCAAGGGAGAAGUUGUAUACAACCAAGAGGUCGAUAAACAUUUUCCCCAUCUGACUGUCGGACAAACUUUGGAAUUCGCAGCAGCUGUGCGCACUCCUUCUCGUCGACUUAAAGACAUGUCUCGCGUUGAAUACUCUCAGAAAAUGACCCAGGUCAUUAUGGCCGUGUUUGGUCUCAGCCAUACAUACAACACCAAGGUUGGAAAUGAUGUGGUCCGGGGUGUCUCAGGCGGAGAAAGAAAACGUGUCAGUAUCGCCGAGAUGGCUCUGGCUGGUGCGCCGAUCGCGGCGUGGGAUAACUCAACACGUGGUCUUGAUUCGGCGACUGCGUUGAAGUUCGCGGAAUCCCUACGUCUGUUCGCCGAUCUAGGUGGAUCUUGUCACGCAGUCGCAGCAUACCAGGCCAGUCAAGCAAUCUACGAUCUUUUUGACAAGGUGAUUGUCCUAUAUGAAGGUCGACAGAUCUACUUCGGCCCAGCUGCGGGAGCUAAACGCUACUUCGAACAACAAGGAUGGUACUGUCCCCCACGACAGACCACUGGUGACUUCCUGACAUCUAUCACCAACCCAAGUGAGCGACAGACUUCUCCGGGUAUGGAGAAGAAAGUUCCACGGACUCCAGAAGAGUUUGAGGCGCGCUGGAAGCAGUCCAAUGAGUGCCGCCAGCUACAAGGGGAGAUAGUCGCUCACGAACAAGCGCAUCCUAUGAAUGGAAACGUGGUCACGGAAUUCAAGGAGCAAAAAUCCGAAGGUCAAGCCAAUCAUACCAGAGCCGAGUCGCCAUACUUGAUCAGUGUCCCAAUGCAGGUCAAGCUCAACGUUAAAAGAGCUUAUCAGCGGAUUUGGAACGAUAUUGCAUCAACCCUCACUGGCUCUGUCGGACAAGCUAUCAUGGCUCUCAUUAUCGGUUCUAUCUUCUAUGGAACUCCGACCGCCACUGCAGGAUUUUCUGCAAAAGGCGCCGUUCUGUUCUUCGCAGUCCUACUGAACGCCCUUCUUGCUAUGACGGAAAUCAAUAGUCUCUACUCUCAGCGGGCAAUUGUGGAAAAGCAUGCAUCGUACGCGUUCUAUCACCCGGCAACUGAAGCCAUCGCUGGUGUGAUCGCCGAUAUUCCUGUGAAAUUUUUGAUGGCUGUGAUGUUCAAUGUGGUUCUUUAUUUCAUGAGUGGUCUUCGCACUGAGCCGUCACAGUUCUUCAUCUUCUUCAUGAUCAACUACCUCAUUAUGUUUGUCAUGAGUGCCGUAUUCCGCACGCUCGCCGCUAUCACUAAAACUGUAUCUCAGGCCAUGACCUUGGCCGGUGUUCUCGUUCUGAUGCUUGUCGUCUACUCUGGAUUCAUUGUCCCCGUGCCAUACAUGCAUCCGUGGUUUGGUUGGAUUCAUUAUUUGAAUCCGAUUUUCUACGCGUUUGAGAUCCUUGUGGCCAAUGAAUUCCACGGCCGUAAUUUUGAAUGUUCUGGAUUCGUUCCUGACUACAAUAACCUCUCGGGCAAUGCUUUUGUCUGUUCAGCGACAGGCGCAGUUGCCGGCCAACGCACAGUCAGCGGUGAUGACUACAUAUGGGAAAGCUUCCGGUAUACUUACGCACACGCUUGGCGGAAUUUCGGCAUUCUCAUCGGGUUCCUGAUUGGUCUGAUGGCGAUUUAUUUCGUUGCCACCGAGUUGAACUCUGCUACAACGAGCACUGCAGAGGUUCUCGUCUUUCCCCGGGGCCGUGAGCCAGCGUAUAUGCGCGGUGGCCAUGAAGCAUUGUCUGAUGAAGAAAAUGGAGAAUCUCGCGCGACUACAGCUGCAACUGGCGAUGUUCAUAUCGACAAAGAACUAUCUGUUCCCAAAGAAGAGGCUGAUGGUGAUAUUUUCAAUUGGAAUAAUCUUGUCUACGAUAUUGAGAUUAAGGGAGAGCCUCGCCGCCUGCUCGAUCACGUCGCUGGUUGGGUCAAGCCUGGCACUCUCACAGCGUUGAUGGGAGUUAGUGGAGCUGGAAAAACAACACUCUUGGAUGUUCUUGCCCAGCGAACCACUAUGGGUGUUGUUACAGGCGACAUGUUUGUUAAUGAUAAACCCCUCACAUCAAGCUUCGAGCGGAGUACGGGCUACGUCCAGCAGCAAGAUCUUCACUUGGAAACGGCCACUGUCCGCGAAAGUCUCCAAUUCAGCGCCAUGCUUCGACAGCCUUCUUCUGUUUCUAUCGAGGAAAAGAAUCAACAUGUCGAGGAGGUGAUUGACUUGCUCAACAUGCGAGAGUUUGCUGACGCUGUUGUUGGUGUUCCCGGAGAAGGACUGAAUGUUGAGCAGCGCAAGCUGUUGUCAAUUGGAGUCGAACUUGCCGCCAAACCGAAGCUACUGAUUUUCCUGGAUGAACCUACUAGUGGACUUGAUUCUCAAAGCUCUUGGGCUAUCUGCACUAUGUUGCGUAAGCUUGCGGACUCGGGCCAGGCUAUUCUUUGCACCAUCCAUCAGCCCAGUGCCAUUCUCUUCCAAGAAUUUGACAAAUUGCUUUUCCUCGCAAGAGGAGGCAAGACAGUCUACUUCGGGCCCAUCGGCGAAAACUCUCGCACCCUAUUGGAUUACUUCGAAGCAAACGGUGCCCGCAAAUGUCAAGACGAAGAGAAUCCCGCGGAGUAUAUGCUGGACGUUGUGAACAAGGGUACAAACGACAAGGGAGAAGCCUGGUUUGAUGUCUGGAAAGCAGGUCCCGAGUGUGCCGAGGUUCAAGCCGAGCUUCAACGUAUCCACGAGCAGACGAAAGGAAGAGUUAUAGAAGGAGACUCUGAAGGAACUGGAGAGUUCGCAGUAUCUCUGACCACCCAGCUUCGCGUUGUUACAUACCGCAUCUUCCAACAAUACUGGCGGAUGCCCUCGUAUAUUAUUGCGAAAAUGAUGCUCGGUAUCGCCUCUGGACUUUUCAUCGGCUUUUCAUUCUGGAAAACUGGGCACUCGCUCCAAGGAACGCAAAACGUCUUGUUCUCCUUGUUCAUGAUCUGUGCCAUCUUUUCCUCCAUGGUGCAACAGAUUAUGCCAUUGUUCGUUACUCAGCGAUCUCUAUACGAAGUCCGUGAACGCCCUAGCAAGACAUACUCCUGGAAAGCGUUCAUCUUGUCAAACAUUGUGGUUGAGAUUCCUUACCAGAUCCUGGUCGGUAUCCUUGUUUUUAUCUGCUAUUACUAUCCAGUCAAUGGCACUGGAGAGUCUUCUGAGCGACAAGGUUUGGUCUUGCUCUUCUGCAUCGAGUUCUUUGUGUAUGCUGGAACCUUCGCUACGAUGCUGAUCUCAGCUUUGCCGGAUGCCGAAACUGCUGGUGCAGUAGCAACCCUUCUAUUUGCUAUGACUUUGCUUUUCAACGGUGUCAUGCAAACUCCCACGGCUCUCCCUGGUUUCUGGAUUUUCAUGUAUCGCCUCUCACCGUUCACAUACUGGGUCAGCGGCAUGACAUCCACCCAGCUUCACGGGCGCGAGAUUAAAUGUUCUUCUUCCGAAAUGGCCGUUUUUGACCCCCCAUCAGGACAGACAUGUGGACAAUACUUGGCCGAAUAUCUUACCACUCAGGUUGGAAAGCUCCACAACCCUGAUGCGACGGCUUCUUGUCAAUACUGCUCCGUUACCACCGCGGACGAGUACCUGAGCGGCGAGCAGAUCUAUUGGAGUGACAGAUGGCGCAACUUUGGAAUUGUCUGGGCCUAUGUGAUCUUCGAUAUUGCUGUGGCUAUCGGUCUGUACUACGUCUUCCGAGUGAGGAAGCGAAAGGCGUAG